CCGCGACCCGUAGGUUCUCGCGAUAGGUGCGAUUCGCGGGGACUCGGUGGUGGCGGAAGGGGUAUGGUAUCGGAAGGAGGGGGUUCUGACCUCAGCCCUUUCCCCUGCAGGAAAACUACUAAACUAUGUGUCCUCUUUAUCUACUAGAAGCAACUCUUGCCUCAUCUUGACAACUUUAAAGCCAUUGUACCAAUGGCUAGCAAAAUGAAUAAAAGAGCAGGUUCCUUUUUGUGGAGCCUGAAACAAUUCGGUAACUUGGUUCCAACAAGCAGAACUGUGAGACUGUAUUCUUUGGGAUUUGGUGGACCAGCAUUAGUUAAUUCACAAUGGAACCCAAGAAAUCUCAGUAACUUUGAUAUGAGAAUGCAGUCACCUGUUAGAUACCUCUUUCAAGAUGCUUUAGUAUUUAAACCAGGAGGUGAUGCCUUUCAAACUAAAGGCAUUAACUCUAGAAUAGUACCCAGAGUUAACAAACUACUUUGCCCUAGAGGACUUUCUGUGGACUCUCAUGCUUCCAAUGAUGGGUUAAAGGAAGUAAAGGUUAAUCAGGAACCCUACAAUGAAGACAUUCUCACCAAAGAAACCAAGCCAACCUACAUAACCUCUGAGAAGCUGUCUAGGGAGAGUAAUUCCCUGUGUGAUGUGUUAGAUACAUUUUCAGAAGCACCUACAUUUCCUAGUAGUAACUACUUCUCAGCCAUGUGGACUAUUGCCAAAAGGAUGUCUGAUGACCAGAAGCGCUUUGAAAAGCAGCUGAUGUUUAACCACCCUGCAUUUAACCAGCUGUGUGAACAUGUGAUGAGAGAAGCCAAGAUCAUGCGUUAUGACCACCUUAUGUUCAGUUUCCAUGCUGUGGUGAAGCUUGGGAUUCCUCAGAACACCUUGCUGGUACAGACCUUGCUGAGGGUGAUCCAGGAGCGUAUCAAUGAGUGUGAUGAGAAAUGUCUUUCAGUUUUAUCAACUGUUUUAGAGGCCAUGGAGCCAUGCAAGAAUGUGGAUGUUCUUCGCGCAGGACUGAGGAUCUUAGUUGAUCAGCAAGUAUGGAAUAUAGAACGUAUCUUCACAUUACAAACUGUGAUGCGAUGUAUUGGAAAAGAUGCACCAAUUGCUCUGAAAAGGAAACUAGAGAUGAAAGCCUUGAGGGAAUUAGGCAGAUUUUCCACUUUGAAUAGCCAGCGCAUGUUUGAGGUGCUGGCUGCCAUGGACUACCGCUCUGUCGUACUUCUGGAUGAAUGCAGUAAAAUGGUCAUAGGCAAUAUCCAUGGAUGUCCUUUGAAAGUAUUGAUCAACAUACUGCAGUCUUGUAGAGAUCUACAAUACCGUAAUGUAAGUCUCUUCCAGGGAAUAGCAGAUUAUGUGACAACAACAUUUGACAUCUGGAAAUGGAAACAAAUUAUUUUCCUCCUCAUUCUAUUUGAAAACCUUGGCUUUCGACCUGUUGAAUUGAUGGACUUGUUUAUAGAGAAAAUAAUAGAAGAACCUGGUUCUCUAAAUAUGAAAAGCAUUAUCUCUAUUCUUCAUAUAUAUUCUUCUCUCAAUCACAUCAGCAAACACCAUUCCCAAGAGUUCCUUGAAGUUAUGACUCGUGCCCUCACUGGCUAUCUUCACCACAUCUCUCCGGAAAACCUGUUGAAUGCUGUAUAUUCCUUUUGCCUAAUGAAUCAUUUCCCCAUGGUCCCUAUUAAUCAGCUGCUCAAAAAGGACAUCCUUGAGGAACUGCUGAGGUCAGAUGACAUGGAGAGGAAUGUUCACAAGUUUUAUAUUUUGGAUAUUUGUCUAAAAUUGGAUGAUGUUCCUUAUCACAAGGCCCUAGACUUAUCAUUGCCACAACUCCCAUCUCUUUCAUUGAAUCCAAAUGUAAAAGUGGCAGAGACGCUAAGUAGCCUUCUGGGAGAAGAAUACUUCUCAAGAAGUGUACAUUUGCAGCAUAAUUAUUACAUUGAUUUUGAAAUCAGAAUGGAUACUAGCAAGAAUCAAGUGCUUCCGUUUUCUGACACAGAUGUGGUCACUUCUGCAGAUAUUCAAAGAGUGGCUAUACUGUGCAUUCCUAGAUCUGUCUACUGUUUGGAUUCAAAUCAUCCUAGAGGAUUAUUUGCUACAAAAAUGCGGCAUUUGAGAGCAAUGGGUUUCCGUGUGGUCUUGAUCAAUAAUUGGGAGCUGGAAAAACUAGAGACGAAGGAUGCAGUAACAUUAUUGAAGACUGAGAUCUAUUCAGACAAAGACCUUCCUGCUGCUGAUGCAAAUUUAUAAAACUUGUAUGAAAGGGGUAAAGCAAGUUCUUCAUAGUAGAAUACAUGCACUUAUGAAAAAAAUAACUUUAAUAAAAAUUCUAAUUCUGUCAUCAAUGGAAUUCACAUGGGUGCUCACUGCUAACAAAAAGUGUUACUUCACUGUUGAGAAUGGAAAAAACACGGUUAUUAGCAUUUUAGUAUAGCCUGAGGAGAUUUCAGUGUCAGUUUCCCAAACACAUCUAUUUUCCCUAGACCUUGAUAUUUGACAGAUUUAUCAGCUCAGGGUUUUACUUUCAUAGACUAAUUUUGUUUUCAUUAAGAACUUUUUAAAAAAGUUUUGAUUGAUUAUGGAUAUGCUUGUGUGGACUACCCAUGAGUACUCAAUCAUGGAAGUUUCCCUUCUACCAUUUUAUAAAAUUUCAUUAAAUCUAUAGUUUGUUAGACCUGGUCAUUUUUCAGUGAUGUUUAUUUGUUCUGUUAGAAUAUUUAUUCAAGUUUGCUGAUGAACUAAUGUUGGAUAACACUGGGUUGUUCUUGCUGCUCCCGCAGAGAGCUCAAGGUUUACUGAGCCUCUCCAGAAACAGUGAACUGAGACACACCCAGUUCCAUCAGGCACUAAUAAUUCUCUUUCUUUUAUGUCAUUUGUAUGGAUUAUUUGUCAUUUGUAUGGAUCAUUUAACAAUGUCCUUUUUGUAUAGACACAGGAAGACAGUUCAUGCUAUGCUAUGUAACUUGGGAGUUAAUUGACUCCAAAAUAAUAUUUACAAAAUAAUAUUUACUCCUGGGCAUCCAUAUUUACUUAAGCCUCAGUUGCCCUUAGUUCCUAGCACUCCAAGAGCAGGGUCCCGAUGAGGGACUGGAUAGACCCAGGACAAGCUGUGAGCUACCCUGGCAUCAAAAUGGGCCAGGCCAAGCGCUAUAAUACUUCACUGUAAGUUAAGAGCACGGUCAUGGAUAAACUCUGUCAUGACCCAAAAAGAAGCAACUGAACAAGGACCCUGCUGGGGUUAGGAAAGACUAACCUGGCCUGAGGACUAUGGCCUGGAAUAUAUAAUGAGAUGUCCCCAGGAAGAGCCAACCUUUAAACUGUGUUCAUACAAAAUGAUAUUGCUAGAAAUAUUAUAAGAAGUAAAUUUUCUAUGACUGUUUAAAUGGAUUACUAGCUGAAAGGAGAAAACAAUACACCCUGGAUGGAAUCCCACCCUUGGGGGGAUCUCCCUAAUAAUCUAGAGUGCUGAAUCCUGAGAUGAGAUUUUGCCCUUGAGUUAAUCUCCUGGAUGUAAAAGAGAGGUUUUACAUCUCCCUGUUGUUAUGAUAAUGUUCAACCCCACCUUUGUAUCCCCACCCUUAAUGAUUUCUAGGUAACUCUGCUGUAAGGGGUAAGAGGGAACAGAACAAGACUCGGGGACGAGACAACAGGACUACUCUGGAAUGAGACUCUGGGACUAGACUCUAGGAAAGAGAUGCUGAGAAGGAGAUGAAGACGAAAUACUGGAACUAGAUGUUGGGAACGAGAAAGUCUCAGGACUAGAUGCUGAGGACUGGAUGUGAGGAUGAGACGUUGAAGACAAGAAACUUGGAUGAUAGAAUUCUGAUGACUAGGACUCUGACCACAACUAUGACUGCGCUGUAAGGGAGAGACUGGACGACGCCGGGGAAGAGAGAGAAAUAAACUGACAACUGACCAGCCUGGGGCCUGGUACCUGUGUCUCAGUUCUCCCGGUCCUUCGUCCAUUGUCCGGCCUGGGGAGACAGCUCUUGGCCACCAAACAUUCAAGUCCUGCGUGUCCUGCACGCAGGCCCAUUGCAACCCCAUUCCUUUUCUCCUUUUAUUGGAACCAUACAAACUGACAUUUGUCUUCCUGGGGAUCAGUGAUGACUAGGCACUGUCACAUGUAGAAUGUGAGUGCCAUUUAGGGGGUAUUAUUUUUACCUGUGCAAAAGACUGGAAUGUUUAUGGACUCUCAGAAUUCCUAUGUCAUAGCCUAACUCCCAGUGCCAUGAUAUUUGGAGGCAGAGCUUUGAAGAUUAGGUUAUGUGGAUGAAUUCUUCUGAAUUAAUUUUGUCCUUAUACAACUGACCCAGUCAGUGAGUUUCCUUGUUGCUCCUGUUAGGAGUAUAUUGUGGCAAGAUGACAAUUUGUACUAGGACGGAGGUACUCCUGUUGAAUCUGCCAUUGCUUUCAUCUUGAACGUCCCAGCCUUCAGAACUGUGAAAAAUAAAUCUCUGUUGUCUGAUAAACUA